AGAAAGAAAGGAAAUCGUGGACAAGCCUCCGAAAGCAUUUGAAAUACUGUCGGGGAAAGGAAAUGAAUAGUACCCGUCGGCGGUCGUGGAACAAAGAUCUGGGGUUCGGAGGAAGCGGAAGCGCGCCACCUCGGGGUGUUCUGUCUGUUGGUGGACAAGCAUCUCAGCCCAGCCGGCGCAAAGUGCAAUGGGCGCGACGCGUCUCCGAUGGCAACAGUUCCCCUUCCCUUUUUCCUUGGCUUUUUCCUUGCGCCCCGUCUGCCGUUCAAGUACAAUACUGGGAUAUGGAGGUGGGACCAGUAAUGGAUCGGGUGCAAUGCUGUCUCGCAAACAACUAUCGCAACACCGUCGAGAUCUCUCUGUUUUGACGGUCGCGUACAGUAUGUCGCUCACACUGCAUUCGCUCGAACGAUCCCAGUAUUGUACAGCGCUUCUGUAUCUUCCGGCACUUUCACAUGAAACGCUUGAUAUCGCAUCUGUGUACAGUAGAUUUCGAAGCUGCUAUCACUGAUCCCAGGGACUCCAAAACGAAUGAACCUGCACUGCCAGUGUGCCGGAAGGGAUCGAAAGCAUACUAUCUAUGUACAUAUGUACAUAU